GGUGGACAGUGGAAGUGACGUAAUAGUUUGCGACUGUCCCCCCAGAAAGCGUCAUGGCGACUCCUGUGGGGAAGAAGCGUGGUCUGGAACAUUUGGAUGAAUAUGAACCCAAACCAGCCAAACAUCUCCGCAGUUUGCACGACCGAAUGGCAGAGAGAAGGCUGGUUGUUAUUUUGGAGGGGGCGUCAUUAGAGACGGUGAAGGCGGGCAAAAGCUUUGAGCUGUUAAACUGCGACCAACAUAAGAAUAUAAUCAUCAAGAGUGGAAGAGACCCAGCCAACAUAAGACCAGACAUCACACAUCAGUGUCUCCUCAUGUUGAUGGACAGUCCACUAAACAGGGCGGGCCUGCUGCAGGUUUAUGUCCACACAGAGAAAAAUUCCUUGAUUGAGAUCAACCCACAAACCCGCAUCCCAAGAACCUUCACCCGUUUCUGCGGCUUAAUGGUUCAGCUGUUACACAAACUGAGUGUCAGGGCAGCGGAUGGUUCCCAGAAGCUUCUGAGGUUGAUUAAAAACCCAGUGUCUGACCACCUUCCUCCUGGCUGCCCCCGCAUCAGCACCUCCUUUUCUGCAGGAGAGGCUGUCUGUCCUCGGACUUUGGUGCCAGAGGGACCCGCAGCGGUGGUGAUUGGCGCGUUUGCACAUGGAAUGGUGAACGUGGAUUACACGGACAAGACGGUGUCCAUCAGUAAUUACCCCCUCUCUGCAGCACUGACCUGUGCCAAGAUGUGCUCUGCCUUUGAAGAGGUGUGGGGGGUCCUGUGACCAACAGGCGCAGUAGACCGCUUGGACAUUUAAAUGGACUAAUCAUGGACAUGAUGAAGUUUUUUCACAUGAUGUAGCCUCUUGGACUACAGAUACAUGAAUGUGAGGGUGUUUGCUUACCGUCUGGAAUAUGCAGAGAUUUUGUCCCCAGUGUAUCCUUUUGAUAUUAAAGUGUAUUGUUUUGUAUUUUUAUCAGCUGCCUUAGUACCUGAUUUGUAUGGUUCAAAUACCAUCUCAUUAAAAAUGUACAGUU